CAGGUAAACAAACACAAAAAAUAGUAUGCAAAUUCGAAUGUACAAUAAAAAGGAGUUUUCUUAAGUCUUUUCUGAUACCAUAUUGAAUACAUACAUGUUAUUUUUGAACUCCACUAAAAAGAAAUGUUAAAAGCCCUUGGUUUGGAUGUGAAUGUUUGGCGCACUUGACGACAUCGACCAUGAAGACUUCUUUAGCAGCAUUGUUUAGUGUUUUAAUGUUCACAACAUUGGUAAACGCAGUUUAUUAUUAUAAAGUACCCGACUGUGUGGUAGAUUUUAUACAGAAAGUUAAGACUGGUCAAAACUUCUGUCUUGCAGCCAGGACGUAUUCAAAUUGUUCAGUGGAAAGUCUACACUUACCAGCUUAUGACAGUGAAUGGGUUUAUGAUGAAAUUCUUCAGAAGUGGAGAAGCAUGGGGGUUAACUGCUCCACAACUUUGACGGAACUACAUGAACGUUACCAUGGAAUGGAAUUCCUUGAUAUGAUCAUUCCAACUUCGAUGGAAAAUCCAAACUCUGGGUCGAGCUUACUUUUUAAAAGCAAUGCAUUAGUCAAAGCUUUAUAUUUGGGAUGUGUACUUUUUUUUUUUACAUUAACUUACUUCUAAAGUCCCUUUAAUAAAUACAGUUUCUGUUAGAAAAAUUAUAGCUUGCUUGAAAUAAACUGUCUGGCCUAAUA